UCGUUGUUCAUUUGUGCGUGUCGUCAGUGAGAGUGGGUCUCUUUCACCUGCGGCGUCAAAUUCAAAAGGGUCCAAACCGACCGACUCUGUUUUCUUGGAAACAUUUGAUUGGCUCUCCCCCAAUGAAUGUGAACAUGUGAUGUGACAGCCACCUCUUGAUCUCCCUCUGCCUUGCCGGCGAAGAAACAAAGCUGUGACCGCGACUACUUAAGAGGAAGCGAUUCACGCCGCAGGCCCUCCAAAGUUAGCAACAACUUAUUGCUUGCGCCGCAACGCAAUUACCUUUCGUUCUUGAAUCUUGAUUGGAGAAUUUCGUCUAGUUCUUGUCCAUUCUUGUCUGAAUUUUGCAGCAACGACGGCUCAGUUUAGGGGUUGCUGACCUCCUGAUUUUAAGCUGCCAAGAUAUAAAGAUCACUUAUUGCUGGCGCCAGGAUCAGUUACCAGUAGAAUCAUGUCAAGAAACCUGUGGCCCGUGCUGCUGAUUUCGAUCUGCUUCUUGUUUUGUCCUGUGAGGAUCCAUGGAUUCUCAUGGAACAUCUUCUCCUCCUCGUCUGCGCCCAAGGACGGCGACGGCGCUCUGGUGAUGGAGCUCGAGGGCGCGGUGGCUGACUUCGCCCUGGAUGGAACCAACGACCCUAGAGGGCUGAAGCUGCUGGAGAACGCGCGGAACAAGCUCGCCGGGCCGAGGAACUGCUGGCAGGAGGCGUACCGGAAGCUGUUCGCCAGCUGCAGCGAGAUCAUGGCCGACAAGGAGAGGCAGUCGCGCCUGGCGUGGCACCUCAGCAGCUGCUUCCAAGAGGACUCAGGGCGGCCGCCAUUCGCGUCCUGCGCAGAGGGAUCCAAGAUGGUGCACUGCCGCAAGCGGCUCAGCGAAUCCGAAGGCAAGGUCUUCCUCGAGUUCUUUUUGGAGACCAACACCCUGUGCCACCAAUUGCAGGCUGAAGCUUUCAAGCACAACACUGAGAGACUUGUCAAUGACCUCACAAGGUCUUCCAAGUUGGCUGAGGAGAAGCUCGAGGUGAUCGAGGAAAGGUCGGAUCAAAUCAUCAAAGAGUCUAGUCAAGUUAAGGACACACUGUCAUCGAUCGAGAUGCAAGCCGACAAACUGUCAGAGACGUCAAAGCACGUCGAUGAGCAGAUCAACGAUGUGCUGAUUCACUCGAAGACCAUCUUUGAGCAGUCCAAGGAGAUUGCUACCACUCAGAAAGAACUGAGUAAAGGGCAAACGGAGCUCAGGGAGAAGAUUGAGGCCGGUAUGACGCGCGUUGAGGAAUCAUAUGAAAGACUGGGAAACGGGAUGGAAAAGAUAAAAGAAGAGACCGGACAUAUGCAAAGGGAAAUUAAAAGUGUUGGUGAGUCUAUGUCUUCCAAGAUGCUGGAUUUGCAGAGGACUGCUGAUGACAUUGGGAGUGUUGCUAGCAAGUCAGUGGAGAACCAAAAGCAGCUACUGCAUGGACAGACUCGCGCCAUGGAUGGACUGAAUAAGCUCCACAGCUCUCAAGCAAAAGCUCUUGAAGAAAGCAGGGAAACAAUUCAGAAACUUGCACAGUUUGGCCAGCGUCAGCAGGAAGAGCUACUAUCCCGGCAAGAAGAAAUCCGGAAAGCUCAUGAGCAUCUCAUCCUAAAUUCUCACUCCAUACUAGAAGCACAGGAAGAGUUCAGAGCAAAGCAGGCUAACAUUUUUGCUGCUCUGGACAAGCUGUACAUCCUGCACAAUGCCAUUCUAGCCGAGUCUCGCUUCAUCAAGGCCUUCUUCUUCUAUUGCUGCAUUGUGUUCCUCAUCUACAUGCUCACCAGCGCAAAGCAAACGUUCGGCAUCAGGGGCCAGCUCUACUUUGGUCUGUGCAUUACGCUUCUGUUGGAGAUUGGGUUGAUAAAAAUCGGUGCCGACGACUUCGACAAGCAGUUCUGGGUCAUGUCCAAGGUGUUCUUGGUCCGAAUGGUGUUCCUCGGCGCUUCCACUGUUCAGAUCCUGCACUCCAUAUACACCUACAGGGACUACGAGGUGCUGAACCAUGGGCUGCUCCAGACGCUGGUCGAGAAGGUCCAGGCGCUGGAGGAAAACGCCGGCGGGAGGGCGCUGUCGUAUGGCUCGGAGUCGGAGGAGGAGAGCUUGAGAGACUACUCGUGGGUCUUCGACGAGUUGGCGGACGAGGCGGACAGCGAGAUGGACCCAACAUACGUGCUGCCGCCGGAGAGAUCGCCUCUGAUUCGAAGGCGCAACCAGGUCGUCAUGGCGGAGGAGAUCGGCGAGAACUCCAUCACGACGUCGGUCUCCCGGAAGUACAAUCUGCGGCCACGGAAAUAGGCACAGCGGUCUGGUUUUUUAGUUCGGAGGAAGCAGCUAUUUUAAUUGUGUGUCGCAUCAAUGUUGAUGAAAAUUUUAUUUACACGAUGUUCUAGCACAUUUUCAUGGAAGCUACGGUUGUGAAAUAAAAUUACGCUUCAGAAAUCU